AUGGAUAUGAUCGCUGUUAAACAAAUUGAUCCACUAAUAAUUAGUGACUAUGAUGUGAAAAAUGAGCUGCUGGCUCUAGAUGUCUCAAAGUGUGCUGGGCCAGAUGGAGUUCAUCCAAAAAUUGUUAGAAUUUUAGCGGGAAAUGAUAAUUUUGUGAGUGCC